GCGAGGAGGCGAGCAGCGGGCGAACUGCAGAAAGGCUCCCCGCGCGAGCGAGUGAGGAAUCGUGAUCCUUGAGGGCCACCGUCCCGGAAGUGGGCUCGGGAGAAAGAAGGUAGUUGGUCUGGUGAAGAUAAGUUUAUGAGGAAUUAAAGUGCGGAUUCACAGAACUUUUUGUGGCGUGUGUUGUCCCGGACAGACUCGAAGGUUUUAGUCACUUCGCCUGAAGGAGUUAGCUUCUCAGCUGAGCCCAAUCUGUUUUCAGUGGAGCAGAAGGUGGCUCUGAAGACGCCUGAGAAAGCCCGCCUGCGCUCUGCCUCGGUGGCCACCUUAGUGAUAAGCUGAUGCCUUAGUGGCUUAUCAUGGCCCAGCGGGCAGUGUGGCUUAUAAGCCACGAACCAGGAACUCCACUUUGUGGCAUUGUCAAAUUCUCCAGACGGUAUCCAACUGUUGAAAAAAGAGCUAAAGUCUUCAAUGGAGCAAGUUAUGUGCCUGUUCCUGAAGAUGGUCCCUUCCUGAAAGCCCUACUUUUUGAACUGAGAUUGUUGGAUGAUGAGAAGGACUUUUUGGAGGGUCGUGAUAGCUGCUCACACAUCAAUAAAACAUCCAUUUAUGGACUCCCAGUAGGAAGUGAAGAACUCUGGCCAGUUGUUGCUUUUCUAAAGAAUGGCAUGAUAUAUGCUUGUGUUCCACUGGUUGAACAAACAUUGUCCCCUCGUCCACCAUUAAUUAGCAUUAGUGGAAUUUCACAAGGCUUUGAACUUCUUUUUGGGGUACAGGAUUUUCUUUCCUCGGGUCAAAAAAAUGACAGUGAGCUAAAUACCAAAUUGAGCCAGUUGUCUGACUUGCUUUUACAAACUUGUCCCUUUGGCACUUUGUUAGAUGCCAACUUACAGAAUUCGUUGGACAAUAUUAAUUUUGCUUCUGUUACUCACCCACAAAAACAGCCAGCCUGGAAAACUGGAACAUACAAAGGAAAACCACAAGUUUCUAUUUCUAUCACUGAAAAGGUAAACUCCAUGCAAUAUGAUAAACAAGAGAUAGCAGAUACAUGGCAGGUCGUUGGAGUUGUCACUUGCAAGUGUGAUCUAGAGGGAAGCAUGCCAAAUGUUACCAUUAGCUUGAGUCUCCCUACCAAUGGAUCUCCACUUCAGGAUAUUCUGGUUCAUCCGUGUGUGACGUCUCUUGACUCUGCCAUUCUGACUUCUAGUAGCAUUGAUGCAAUGGAUGAUUCUGCAUUUAGUGGACCGUACAAAUUUCCGCUCACUCCACCAUUAGAGUCAUUCAACUUAUGCUACUACACUUCCCAGGUCCCUGUUCCACCAAUUUUGGGUUUUUAUCAAGUGAAAGAAGAAGAAGUACAACUAAAGAUAGCAGUUAAUUUAAAACUUCAUGAAAGUGUGAAAAAUAGUUUUGAAUUCUGUGAAGCUCAUAUACCUUUUUACAACAGAGGUCCCAUCACACAUGUGGAAUACAAAGCUAGUUUUGGCCAGCUUGAAGUAUUUCGAGAGAAAAGCUUAUUGGUCUGGAUUAUUGGACAGAAGUUUCCCAAAUCAAUGGAAAUUAGUCUUUCUGGUACUGUAACUUUUGGAGCCAAGAACCAUGAAAAGCAGCCAUUUGACCAGAUUUGCAUUGGAGGUACAGCAUAUUUAAAGCUUCAUUUUAGGAUCUUAGAUUACACACUCACUGGAUGUUAUGUUGAUCAGCAUUCGGUUCAAGUUUUUGCAUCGGGGAAACCAAAAAUAAGUACACACCGGAAGCUAAUUUCUUCUGACUAUUACAUCUGGAAUUCUAAAGCUCCUGCUCCAGUAACAUAUGGAUCAUUAUUACUGUAAUUGUCUCAUGUUUAAAUGGGAUUUAUACACUAGUAACAAGUUAAAUCAUAGUCUUUUAUUUUUAAUGCAUAUGCACAUAACCUGUAAUUGAAAAUCAUUUAUUUAAUUAUAAAUUUUUCUUGUUCAAUGUUUUUAGUCUGAUUUAGUUUGAAAGAACAUUUUAAAAACUAAUAUAUCCAGUUUUUUUUCCCUUGAUUUUACUUAAGUAUGAUUCAGAGCAUAAAAUCUAGUGAUUCACUUUCAUCUCAUUUUAGACUAGUCUUGACUUUGCUUGCCAUAUGUGCUUCUUCCUGCCCCUGUGGCAGACAUGGCUAAUCAAUCGCAGCCCUCUUUCUCCAUUGGGCAUUCCUGGAUUUGGAAUCAGGCUCCUUCUCAGUACAGAGCUGCAGGCUGCCACUCCCAAUAAAUUGUAGAUGACGUGUAAGAUAAAAAAAAACUAUUUGCUCUUGCAAACCUGAGUACUAAGUGCUAGUACAAUGCUUUGUAACAGAAUACCAGACAACACAUUAGAAACAACUGUAAAUCUCUUGAGAAAAUAGCCAAUGAAAAUGAAGGAAAAUCAUUUAAAUAGUAACCUGUUUUUAAUAAGAACUAUCCUACUGACUAAUAAAGAAUCUGCAUAAUUCUAUUUACAGUGCUUAUCUCUGUUCUGGAGUUACUUUUCAGGCAAACUUAUUAAGCUGCAACAGUAACAUCUUUUUUAGGAUGUCAGUAAGCAUAUUAAGAGGUGUGGGAUACCUUCUGAAGAUGAGCAUAGUGUUUUGUGAUUACUGAAUAUCUGCAGCCAAAUUUUUAAAGAUAAAUUUAGAUAUAGUAUUGGUUUUUCUCUGUUUUAUUAUAAUUCAUUAAUGGAUGAAUUCAGGUUAAAAUUCAAAAACUAUUUUAUGGGUGUAAAGUACCACUUAAUCUUAUUUCAGUUUCAUGUAGCACAUUGUCUUUACAGCUGUCACUCUUGUUUCCUUAUUGGCAUGCUCUGGGUUUCUUUAGGAACCAUCCAGUCAUACUCUAUCCUCUACCUGUUUUUACAAUUAUAUAUCACAUUCUGUUUUCAUAGUAGCUUAUUGUCAAGUUGGACUUUAAAGGAAGGAUGAAAUGCAAGAAAAGAUGAAAUCUCAAGAUCCUCAAAACUUACUCCAUGUCAAGUUUCUUUUUACAGAACAGAAGAGUUAUAAAAAAUAUGCAUCACAAAUUAAUAUUCAGUUAAAUUGUAUCUUGGUUUCUUUUUUAUGAGUCUCUUAAGGAAAAGCUUAGAAAAAGCUGCGAACUUCGUGAAAGCUAUGAUACUUUGAAAUGAGAUUGCAUAUUAAUUUAGGAUUUGAAAUAUGAUUUUUAAAAUUAAGGUCAAAAAUAAAUAAAUAAAAUUAA